UUUCGAUUCGAUGGGUACCGUAAUAAUAUUUUCACCUUUAGGAAAAAGGUUACCGUCUGAGACUACGGUCAAAGAGAAUAUAAUCACGUCGCGAUAAUGGCUUUGCACCAUUUUUUUUAAAUUAUUUAAAGGCUUUGCAGUUAAAAAUAAUGAAGUGUUGUGUAUCGUCCUGUGCCAACAAUGGAAACUCGGCACCACCUUCUGCCGAUGUUGCUUAUUACGAAAUACCAAAAGAGUUUGAUUUGAGACAGUUAUGGACCGAAGCUAUUGGUAUACCUGAGUGGGAGCUACGGCCCGACAGUGCAGUAUGCUCUGCACAUUUUGGAGAACUUGACUUUGUAAUCUCGGAGACGGGAGACAAGGAGCUAACCUACGGUGCAGUGCCCAGCCUGGGUCUUAACACAGAUGAAGAUCUGCAGGCAAAAGCCGAAUUUAAAACCUGCAGAGUGUGCCUGGCCAUGGACAGGAAGAUGUUCAACAUCAGGGACCACAACCUUCAUCACCUGUACAAGAUGAUUGUCGGAGUCACGGUUCAGGCUAUGGACGGCCUGCCCCAGAUGGUGUGUUGGGAGUGCACCAGUAAACUAUUGUCGCUAAAGAAAUUCAAAGAGCAGGCACAAACAUCACAAUUACUGCUGUUAGAUAAACUAGCUGUGAACAAUAUCCUCACUGUUGGUGAUAUAAAAUCCAUAGACCGUAUAAAUUAUAAUUUGAAGUCUAGCCUCACAAUGAAGCACUAUAAAUAUAACAUAGAAGUGUUUGACAGUUCAUGUCACACACACAUGGAGAUGGAUAUUAAAUCUGAACGUGACCAGGGACCCACUUUGGAAAUUGAUGGAUCGUCCCCCACAUGCAAGAUCCCGAAAUGCGCCAAAGUCGAGCCGGAGUCCAAUAAUCUGGUUAAGUUAUUGAUGUUAGAUUUGAAACAGGACAUCGAUGUGAUGGAUACGAGCCAACCUUAUAUUAGUGAUGAACUCCAUAGCGAUAUAUCACAGCACGUCGAACAUAAUUAUAGCAAGCCAGUCAACACUAAACCGACUAGGCAGUGGGUGAAAAAAGUAGUCCCAGCGGCACAGAGAACAAGACCAAAGAGAGAUCUAAAUGUGCAAACGAAUGGCGAUAGCGCGGCGAGAGUUCCCCAAGUCGAGCCGGAGUCCAAUAAUCUGGUUAAGUUAAUGAUGUUAGAUUUGAAACAGAACAUCGAUGCGAUGGAUACGAGCCAACCUUAUAUUAGCGAUGAACUCCAUAGCGAUAUAUCACAGCAGGCCGAACAUAGUGAUAGCAAUGUCAACACUAAACCGACUAGGCAGCGGGUGAAAAAAGUAGUCCCAGCGGCACAGAGAAAAAGAUCAAAGAGAAAUCUAAAUGUGCAAAAAAAAGGGAACAGUGCGGCGAAAGUUGGCCAAUUCUCAAAGAUGGAGCUUCCCUGUUUCGAAAUCCGUGACCUGACGCCGGAGGAGCAGCAGGCGGCGAUGGCGGCGCGCGCGCGCUCAGCGGCCUACCUCACCGCGCCCUACAAGUGCGACCUCUGCUACAAGGCUUUCCUGUCUGAGAGGACGCUCGCCAGGCACGCCGUGCGACACACCGAGACAUUCGGGGCGUACGGUUGCGCGUUGUGCAAGCACCGGUUCCGGUGGAAGCGUCAAAUGCGCAACCACAUCAAGACGACGCACGCCAGCGAGUACACAUGCAGGGACUGCGGCAUGGUCACACAGCACAGGAGUGCAGCGAUUACUCACCAGAGGGAGCACAAUGGCACCAACAUCUUUCAGUGCUCGCACUGCCCCGUCACAUUCCGCAAGAAGACGUCGUUGUUGGGGCAUCUGCGCAUCAAACACUCGUCGCGGUUCGCGUGCGAGCUGUGCGGCUACACGUUCCUCAACCAGCACGGCGUCAAUACUCACAAGCGUAAGAGCCACAUCCUGGACGUCCAGGAGGAGCUGACCGGUCCGUACUGCGAGGAGUGCAAGCUGCGGUUCGCCAGCGACGAGGCCUAUCAGCGCCAUCUCACGCAGUCCUCCGUACACAGCAGCGAUGACGACCCGAACCGCGUCUACAAUGAGUUAUAUGCUACGUAUAAGGUGCAACCGCGGAAGACGGUAAAGCGGCGGCUUCGGGCCCGCCAACCGAUACCUUGCGAGGAGUGCGGUGAGCAGCAGGUCAACUACAGAGCAUACGGGAAACACUUCCGCGCGGCGCACCCCGGCCUCAACCGCACCAAGUUUCCGUCCGCCAACGGCAACUGCAUGUGCGAGCAGUGCGGCGGGAUGUUCGCGGUGAGUCCCUCUCGCACAGCUCCCGCCACCGGCAACUGCAUGUGCGAGCAGUGCGGCGGGAUGUUCGCGGUGAGUCCCUCUCGCACAGCUCCCGCCACCGGCAACUGCAUGUGCGAGCAGUGCGGCGGGAUGUUCGCGGUGAGUCCCUCUCGCACAGCUCCCGCCACCGGCAACUGCAUGUGCGAGCAGUGCGGCGGGAUGUUCGCGGUGAGUCCCUCUCGCACAGCUCCCGCCACCGGCAACUGCAUGUGCGAGCAGUGCGGCGGGAUGUUCGCGGUGAGUCCCUCUCGCACAGCUCCCGCCACCGGCAACUGCAUGUGCGAGCAGUGCGGCAGGAUGUUCGCGGUGAGUCCCUCUCGCACAGCUCCCGCCACCGGCAACUGCAUGUGCGAGCAGUGCGGCGGGAUGUUCGCGGUGAGUCCCUCUCGCACAGCUCCCGCCACCGGCAACUGCAUGUGCGAGCAGUGCGGCGGGAUGUUCGCGGUGAGUCCCUCUCGCACAGCUCCCGCCACCGGCAACUGCAUGUGCGAGCAGUGCGGCGGGAUGUUCGCGGUGAGUCCCUCUCGCACAGCUCCCGCCACCGGCAACUGCAUGUGCGAGCAGUGCGGCGGGAUGUUCGCGGUGAGUCCCUCUCGCACAGCUCCCGCCACCGGCAACUGCAUGUGCGAGCAGUGCGGCGGGAUGUUCGCGGUGAGUCCCUCUCGCACAGCUCCCGCCACCGGCAACUGCAUGUGCGAGCAGUGCGGCGGGAUGUUCGCGGUGAGUCCCUCUCGCACAGCUCCCGCCACCGGCAACUGCAUGUGCGAGCAGUGCGGCGGGAUGUUCGCGUGCGUGGCGCUGCUUCGGGACCACAUGGUGCGCCACGGGGGCGAGAGUCGGCACCGGUGUGACGUCUGCGACAAGGCGUUUACCUACAAGUUCCUACUGGACAAGCACCGACUGAAGCACGGGUCGCAGCCGCUGCCGACGUACCCCUGCCCGCAAUGCGAGCGCACCUUCUCGUCCCCCGCCAGCCGCGCCGUCCACGUGAAGACGCUGCACGAGCGCUCGAUACGAUUCGAGUGUGAGAUCUGUAGCAAGGAGUUCACGGCGAAGUGGAACAUGCGCGAUCACAUCGACCACGUGCAUCACAAGAAGCCGUGGCCCAAGCGCGUGCGCGCGCCCCGCUCACGCACGCGUCCGUCCACCGACCGCGAAUGAUUUUUAGGGUUCCGGUUUUUAAGGUAAAAACUGG